AUGGAUCUUGGGCCUGAUGCUGGUGUAGAGCUCUACGACUUUCCUACAGGGCGCGGCUUCCGUGCUUUGAAGCCUAUUCAAAAGGGCGAGAUCUACUUGAAGGUGGCCUGGGAGAAGUGCUGGUCAGCCGAUGUUGCGCGGCAGCGCUUCGAGGAGUUGGGACGGCUGGAAGGCUUGGCAUCGCCGGACGAGGAUGUCAUGGCUCUACACCUUCUCCUGGAGCGGGCAAAAGCAGACUCAGGGUGGAACGCCGAGCACAUGAGGGCCUUACCAAGGACCUUUGACAUGCUCCCACACUGGUCCGAGGCAGAGCUCGCCCAGCUCGGCGAGCCGGACCUACAGAACACAGCGCGACGUCUGCAGCAACAGGUGCGAGACGACUUCAACACUCUCCUCCGCUCUGCCGCUGCGCAGGGCUGCGAGGACCUACUCAAGGAAAGCGGCGUGGACUUCGAUUCCUACUUAUGGGCCAAGUCAGUUUUAUGGAGUCGGUGUGUCGACUUCUCCAAAGAGCUCGUGGAAGCCGCAGGGCUCCCAGUGAAAGCUGGCCGGGAGCAUCAGCGGCUGCUGGUGCCCGGCUUCGACAUGGCGAACCACGAUCCCAGGCUUGCGGGCACCGGCCGCACUCACACCGUGCUGAAGGACGGCAGCGUGGCCUUGCAAGCAUCCGUGGACUACGCUGCGGGCGAGGAGGUGUGCAUCUUCUACGAGAGAGCAGAUAACCACCGAUUGCUGCUGUGGUAUGGCUUCGUCCUUCCUGACAACCCGUUCGAUGCGGCUCAGAUGAGGCUUCCAGUGCCUGCACAAGCCGGCAAGAGGUUGGAGGCGGCAGGGGCUGUCAUGGAAUCCGCGAACGGGCAGGUGUACGCACGCUGCCAGAUGACACUAGCAGAUCCGGUACCGGAGGUCGCUAUCUUGGCAGCCGCCUUCUGCCAGCAAACGCUGCCGGCGGAUAGCAGCGAAGCCCUCACGGCCCGGCAGGAGCUCGAAUCCUUGAGAUUGCUGCAGAAGUCCAUACCGAAGCUGCAGGGCAGCGAGCCGACCUUGCCGUCCCCCACGGCGUGGCGACGGUACUGUGCUGCCGUGGUUUGCAGCUUCACACCGCGUCUCCAGGUUGUCUUCCACCGGACGAUGGAGGCCCUCAUUCGCACACCGAGAUGGGAAGUUACGGUGGAGGAUGUGGGAUUAGCCGGUGAACAUCGAAUGAAAAUUCUCGGCCCGAGGAUGCUGCAUGGUAAGUUCGAGUCACCCACGUUGAACACGGAGGCAGAUCACUUGCCACCGGCACCUAACUUGCUGCAGUCCAUUGCGAGAGGCUGCAGAGACUGCGGCGUCCCCAAAGGCGGCAAGGAGCACGCAACUGCCAGCACGCAGGCCAGUCCCGAGACGCAAGCCGCAUGGGAGGAACCGCCAGUACAGGUCGCCCCGGCAGCGAGGCAGAACGAGAUGGUGCAGCCGAAUGGGCCAAGCAGGAGUUGGCUACGAAAAAGCCGGAAGAUGAGAAAGGGCCGCGUGUAG